UGUGAUGUCAUCUCACAGCCCUCAGGGAAAUGUAGUUUGUUCGUUCUCCAGCUAGAGAAAGAUCUGGGGCUGUGGACUACCACUCCCGUGAGGUAGUGCGCAGUCCCACCCCAUAAGCGGCGUCUUCGAACGCGCCGCGGCAGCCAUGUUGAUCGUGGCUAGCACAGGGGCCGGCACCAGCGGGUUUUAGAAGCAGGUGUCAUGAUGUUGUCCGCGGUGUUGAGGAGAACCGCGCCAGCGCCUCGGCUCUUCCUAGGGUUAAUCAAAUCUCCAUCUCUCCAAAGCCGGGGAGGUGCUUACGGCCGUAGCAUAGUCACCGGAGACCGCGGGGAGCCGCAGCGGCUGAGAGCUGCCGCUUGGGUGCGCCCUGGAGCAUCUUCUGUCUUCUUCCCCGGACGCGGGGUAGCCACCGGGGGGCGCCGUGGAGAACGCACCGAGAUCCCAUACCUGACUGCCGCCUCGUCAGGACGCGCUCCUAACCCCGAAGAAACACUCCCGGGACAAGACAGCUGGAAUGGGGUCCCCAACAAGGCGGGUCUGGGCAUGUGGGCCUUGGCCAUGGCACUGGUGGUUCAGUGCUACAACAAGAAUCCAUCUAACAAGGAUGCAGCGCUAAUGGAAGCUGCCCGGGCCAAUAACGUGCAGGAAGUCAGGAGGCUGUUAUCGGAAGGUGCAGAUGUCAACGCAAGGCACAGACUUGGUUGGACAGCACUGAUGGUGGCAUCCAUCAGCCACAAUGAGAGUGUGGUGCAAGUCCUACUUGCUGCUGGAGCUGACCCAAACCUUGGGGAUGACUUCAGCAGUGUCUACAAGACUGCCAAUGAACAGGGAGUCCAUUCUUUGGAAGAUAGGAGACAAGACUGUGCAAGCUGGCGAAUCACAAACCAGUGGACAAGUGCCCUGGAGUUCAGGAGGUGGCUAGGAGUCCCCGUUGGCGUCCUAGUCACUCGAGAGGAUGACUUCAACAACCGGCUAAACCACCGUGCUAGCUUCAAAGGCUGCACAGCCUUGCACUAUGCUGUCCUGGCCGACGACUACAGCAUCGUCAAGGAGCUGUUGGAUGGAGGAGCCAACCCCCUUCAGAGGAAUGAGAUGGGACACACACCCCUGGACUAUGCCCGGGAAGGGGAGGUUAUGAAGCUUCUGAGAACUUCUGAGACCAAGUACAUGGAGAAGCAGAGAAAACGUGAGGCAGAGGAGCGGCGGCGCUUCCCACUUGAGCAGCGACUGAAGGAGCACAUCAUUGGCCAGGAGAGUGCCAUCGCCACCGUUGGUGCUGCAAUCCGGAGGAAAGAGAAUGGCUGGUACGAUGAAGAGCACCCUCUAGUCUUCCUCUUCUUGGGAUCAUCUGGAAUAGGGAAAACUGAGCUGGCCAAGCAGACAGCCAAGUAUAUGCACAAAGAUGCGAAAAAGGGCUUCAUCCGGCUUGACAUGUCUGAGUUCCAGGAGCGACAUGAGGUAGCCAAGUUUAUUGGUUCUCCACCAGGCUACAUCGGCCAUGAAGAGGGUGGCCAGCUGACCAAGAAACUAAAACAGUGCCCAAAUGCAGUAGUCCUCUUUGAUGAGGUAGACAAGGCCCAUCCAGAUGUGCUCACCAUCAUGCUGCAGCUGUUUGAUGAGGGCCGCCUGACAGAUGGCAAGGGGAAGACCAUUGACUGCAAGGAUGCCAUCUUCAUCAUGACUUCCAACGUAGCCAGUGAUGAGAUCGCCCAGCAUGCAUUGCAGCUCAGACAGGAAGCUUUAGAGAUGAGCCGAAAUCGAAUCGCUGAAAACCUUGGGGAUGUCCAGAUUAGUGACAAGAUCACCAUCUCAAAGAACUUUAAAGAGAAUGUGAUCCGACCCAUCUUGAAAGCUCACUUCCGGAGAGACGAGUUUCUGGGACGGAUCAAUGAGAUCGUCUACUUCCUCCCUUUCUGCCACUCAGAGCUCAUCCAGCUGGUCAACAAGGAACUGAACUUCUGGGCCAAGAGAGCCAAGCAGAGGCACAACAUCACACUACUGUGGGACCGCGAGGUGGCAGAUGUGUUGGUUGAUGGCUACAACGUCCACUAUGGUGCCCGCUCCAUUAAGCAUGAGGUAGAGCGGCGUGUGGUAAACCAACUGGCAGCAGCCUAUGAGCAGGACCUGCUACCAGGGGGCUGCACCCUGCGUAUCACUGUGGAGGACUCAGACAAGCACCUCCUCAAGAGCCCUGAGCUGCCCUCACCCCAGGCUGAGAAGCGUCCACCUACCUUGCGACUGGAGAUCAUUGAUAAGGACAGCAAGACCCGCAAACUGGACAUCCAGACACCACUCCACCCCGAGAAGGUGUGCUACACCAUCUAGCGUCCACCUAUAUGUCUAUGCCCUGAACAUCUAAUAAAGGCCCCUUGCUGUGGCAUGGCAACCAA